AUGUCUGGCAGCAUCCCUGUUGAUAUUGUACAAUUCCCUCAGUGGGCUCGCGCGACCUCAAUGACUUGGCCGACAAAUCUCGACCCCGCUUCAAACGGGCAGCGCUUCCUGGACGCGGUGGAAGCGCGUCUCCAGGCCCAGCUUAGUGUCAUGGAGCAAUGGAGGGCGGAUCUCUUUGCGGGAAACAUGGAGACAGACGUGAUUGCAUCAUGGGACGUCAUUGUCGACUUCCUGCACCGUUUCGGCGACUUGGCCAUUCCUCCCUUCCUUCGUUCGGUCAUCGGCGCAAAAACUGUCCCUGGGGCUAUUAAUUUGUACAAUUCUCCUGGAUCCCCUGUCCCCGGGGAAUGUUUGGAGUGGUCGUCAUCGCACUCGCGCGCGCGCCAAGACAUCGGCGAGAAGCGCUGGUGGACAGAGGCCGUGGAGCGGUCGCCGUCGCCCAUGCCUGCUUCGCCCUCAGACACAGCUGGGACUUCAACUUCUGCAGCAGGUCUAUCGUUUCAGAGCAUUCCCUCCAAACCCCCGCCUCAUCGCCGUCCGCCCCGUACUCGUCCAUUACCGGGAUGCAAACUCAUGGACUGCAUUUUCAUUGACAACACAAAGCAUUUUGAGGGUCGGAAAGCGCGCCGCAGCGAUGAGAAGGAGUCAGAGGCCUCCUAUGAUCGCAGCGAGGAUGGCGACAGAGAGGUAGUAGCGGGGGUGGGAGGCGAGGACGAUGAUCAGGAGGGUGACGACGAAGAAGAGGAGGACGAGGAUGACGACGAGGGGAGUUCGGAGGCGAGCGUGUGCGCAGCGCCGCCUGCAAACGUUCGCCGCUUUUAUGAGGAGGAUCGCUGCCAGCGAUGCAAAGACAAGCACCGCAGGGUCUGCGACCUUCCGAAUGGCAAGAAGGCUUGCAAAGCGUGCAGGCAGGACCAGAAGAAAUGCACGUGCGUGGAGCGGGUCACCGCCGAACGAGCCGCCAUCAGCGCCGCCAAGAAGGCAAAGAGGGCCGCCAAGAAACCCACCCGCGUUGGCGCCAAAGGUGCCUGCGCCGCCAGCGCCCGCGACAACAGUCCACCGCGUAAGCGCCGUCGCGUCAAGGACGCGCCACAGGUGCCCCAGCAACCGGCCCCGAAGAAGGGCAGACCGCGCCGUGGACCUACACGGCGUGUGUCUCGCGAGACGCUCCAUGAACAAUGGGAAGCGGACCUCGCCGAGGACAAAGAGCGACGGGCCAGACGCUCGGGGAAUGCGUACCUCGACGUUGAUGAAGCAGGCGAGGACAUGUCCCUGUCCCGCUUCGCUUCCCCCGACGUCGAGCCGAGCACAUCCGCGAACUCGAAGGGGUCAUCGGUCGCAAGUCUCGCGUCGAUGACAUCAUGGGCGCUAGCCGUCCGUCCGGACACAGAACGGGACGUGCUAUCCCACCUCCACAAGAUGAACGCCGACAACGAGCGGGUCGCCCGCCGUAUAGACGAAUUGGCGAGAGUUUCGGAAUCCAUGGCAUUCUAG